AUGUAGGGAAAAGCAAAAAAAGGAUAACGGAAAGCAAAGGCAGGUCAUUCAUUCCGUUAAGAGCUCAGUGAAAAGUAAAAGAAGGAUAUUAAGGAAGCUUUUGACUUAUUCGAUGUCGAUGGAUCAGGUUGCACUAUUGAUGAGAAAGAAUUAAAAGUUGCCUUGCGUGCUUUAGGCUUCGAACCAGGCAAGGAAGAAAUCUAAAACCUCAAAUAAAACCUCAACAACAACAAUGAUUCAAAGGAAAAUAAAAACACUAUUGAUUUCAAUGAGUUUCUUUAGAUAAUGACAGAGAAGAUGAAUGCCAAGGAAUCUCAAGAAGAAAUAGAAAGGGCUUUUCAUCUAUUUUCUCAGGGCAAUGACAAUUUCAUUACUUUUGAAAACUUAAAAAAAGUAGCUCUUGAAUUAGGAGAAACCAUGUCAGAUGAUGAAUUAAAGUUAAUGAUUCAAGAAGCGAAUAGCAAAAACCCAAGUUAAGGGUAUGUGACAAAGGAUUAAUUUUACGAUGUAUUAUCUAGAGCAACUAAUUAAUGA